CCUUCUUUAGGGUGGGGGAGGAAAGGGAGGGACCAAAAAUAAGGGGAAAAGUGCACAGAAAGAACAAAAGAAGACUUACAAGGAAACAAAUUUAUUAUAUAGGUUUUUUUGAAAUGGAAAUUUAUUGUUUUGUAUUAAAUAUGGCUUUUCUUCCUUUUCUCAUUUUGUUUAAAACACACACACGUCAAGGAGACCAGUGACCAAUCUAAGAGCCAUGAGGAUCUCAAAGUCCAGAAGUAUAGGUCAAUCAAGUAGCAAAAUCCUGAGGAGAAAUGUGACUUUGGACUGGAACUUUGUGGGAUUAAUGCUAUGCCAUCCUCUUGACUUGCUAAGACUUUCUCUACUAUCCAUACUAUAAAAACCUGUUCAACCUGAAAAUCCUCUGACAUUCAAAGUAUCCUGUCUUCCUUUGAUUGACUUGUUCUUCCUAGACCUGGAUUUUAAGGAAGAGACUCAGGUUAACCAUGUCUUUAUUUCUUUAUAACCAAUUCUCACUACUGAUUUUUUCUAACAUGAAUGACAUCUACCUUUUCCAUUUCUCCCCAUUUCAGCUUCCCUUUAUCUUCCCCAUUAAAAUGUCAGCUCCUUGGGCACAACUUUCUGCCCUCAAUCUCUGAAAAAUAACAAUUAAUAAAUAUUUGUUGAUUUAUUACUGGUUCAAGGAGUACCUAGGAAGAGACCAUAUUAUGAACACUAAACACAAAAUUUUAUAUUUGAUCAUGGAAGUAAUUGAAUAGAGAUUUGACACAUUCAGAUCUGUAUUUUAGGGAAAUUAAUUUGAAACAUGAUAAAAAAGAUGGAGUUGGAAGACUUGAGCCCAAUUAAUAGGCUAUUGCAAUACUCCAGGAAGGAAGUGAUAAAGGAAAGUACUGAGAUGAUUGGUAUUGGUAUCAGAAGACACAAGGGGGCAUAAAGAAGUGUUAGAAGGGUAAACUUGAUAGAACUUAGCAACAUAUAAUACUUGCCUUGCCUUCUUCCCAGGGCUGUCAUAAGGAAAACACAAAAUUAUUAUUAUUAUCAUUAUUAAAAAUUUGGCUGCUGAUUUAAAAAAUUUCAGUAGGAAAGGAGGUUAUCAACGGUUAGGGGCUUAGGGUAUUGUGCUAUUAGGGGGUUAGUAGGAGGACUGCUUAGAAGAAAAAAGCUACUGAAAGAAUGUGGUAAAGACAUCAUAAUAUCAUACUGCUUAUGGUCAGGUCAUCUUUAUUAAACAAAUAUAGCAUAUUACUGGGAAAAGGGACCUUAUAAAUCACCUUGGAUAACCACAUGAGGGAAUUGACAUUCAUAGAGUUUGGAUGAGUGACAGAAGUUAAUGAAAAGAUGCUUAUAUUUACUUUUAAUUUGCAUAUAAUUGUACAAAAUUAUUUUUGUCAUUUGUAUUAAAGUCAUUGGUUUCAGAUUGAAAGGGCCAAGAAAGAAACUGGUGAAUGUUGAUUUCAAAUAGUGAUGAGCCAAUUUACCAACUUAUUAUGAUGCAUUUUCCUUGAGAGACCCUAACAGGAGUGGGGCAACAUUGGGCCAGCAGGCUCUAGUAAUCAUUUGCUAAGGCAACCACAGGAAAUAAUGAAAGCUAUGUACAACCUCCCACUGCUUAAGUUCUGUAAAUUGAUAAUUUUGCAUUGCUCUGGAAUGAUAUUAGAAAUAUCCAAAUGGCCCCUGGCAGAAAAAAGUUCUCCAUUUCUGCCUAGAAUAUAUUCUGGAUCUUGUCUGCCUCUGAAGCUACCACCUCUGGGCCAGGAAUCUCCUCAGUUCACAAUAAGGCAGUUGGAGGAAAGGCUAAGUUUAAGGCCCAAUCAGUUGAGUAGUUUGAUUUGGCACAUGUUGCAACCUCGGUGUUAUAAUAUAAUUUAUUGCAAGAAUUCUUAACUUUUUUCUUUCUUUCUUUCUUUCUUUUUUUUUUUUUUGGUAAUGGAUUUCUUUGGCAUUCUUAUUGGAAGUCGUCACCAAUUUAUCCUGUAUAUAUCUUGUUUUACAAUGUUCUUUGAAUGUUGUUUCCUUCAGUAGAUUGUGGGUCAUUCAAAAGCAAAGGUCGUAUUUGGAUUUUUUUAACAUCCCUAGGUUUUAUCACAAUAUCCAUACAUAAUGGACACUCAUGCAGGGGUUCUCAAACUACGGCCCUCGGGGCCAGAUGCGGCAGCUGACAACGAUUAUCCCCCUCACCCAGGGCUAUGAAGUUUCUUUAUUUAAAGGCCCACAAAAUAAAGAUUUUGUUUUUACUAUAGUCCGGCCCUCCAACAGUAUGAGGGACAGUGAACUGGCCCCCUAUUUAAAAAGUGAUGCCUUCUAAGGAUAAGGUUUCAAAGGCAUGAAAUACAUAGGAUUACAAGAAAAACUGGUUUUAUUGAAAGUUCAAGAACUCAAGAUUUACUAGAACUAAAGCCCCAGAAAAGGUAGAGCCAUCUAAGGUAAGGCGGCUAGGAAGGAGUCUCUAAGGUAAACUAUAAGAGAGAUACUGCCCCACUGAUUCCGCGUCCCUCUGUCACUUUUCCUGGAAAAAAAAAAAAAGCGACGCACUGCGUUGCGUCACGCCACGCCUGCCCCUCCUCCCGGGCACUUCAUACGUCCGUGCGCGCUCUUCUCCCCAAAUCUCUCUCCGGCUCCCUAGGCUCCCCUCCUCAUCCCGCGCGUGUCCUGUGCGCGCGCGCGCUCUCCUACCGCCCCGCCCCCAUGCCCUUCUCUCCCCUCCCCCGCAGCCGUCUUCCCGCAGGGCCUAAGUUCGUGGCCCCGGCCUCUUCUUUCCGGGUUGGAACGGCUCUUCCUCCUGGCUCUCCAUAGCUGCAAUCACCCUCAAGGCUCGGGGGCCUGCUCACCCCUUGCGCCACCCCACCUUUCCCUCCCGGUUCCUCCCUGCACCGCUGGGCCGGGCUACGUCGUCGGUGAAGCUCCGCGGAGAGGGAGCCGAGACGCUUUCUGGAACUGCCCAGCCCGGUACUGUCCUUUAUUUAUUUUUCCCUCUACCAGUUCCUGCCCCCAGAACCCCUCCUUCGGCUAGGCGAGGCGGGGCCAGGGCGGAGCUCCGUGUCCGUGCGGCGCUGCCUGCUCGCUCGCCUGCAGAAGCAGUCCCUUGUUGGAUAGCCUCCUCCUCUCCGCGUGUAGCAGUGCGCGAACUCAGAGAUCCGCCCUCCUUCGCCUACGUCUCUCCCCUCCCCCUCCCACUUUUCUCCCCCUCCCACUAUCCCUUCCCUUCUGUCUUCAUCCGGCUCCUUGACAUCUUCCCCAGCGCGACGUUUCUUUUUACUUUCCCUGCUUCGCGUUCCUCUGCACUUUUUAGGGGGAGAGAGGGGGUCUUGUGAAGCUGGUAUGCGAUUGGCUGAAGUCUGCGUUCUUCUUCACAAACUUUGGAUGAAAAUUAUCAUUUCAGUUUUCAUCUAUGAAAUCUGCAUAGAACCUAGAAUAUCUCUUUACUCUGGACCUAUGGAUGAGUGCCAACUUCUGAGUUUCUUUUGGAUAUCCUGUGAUUUUCACAUGUGGGAAGAUCCUUCAAAGAGUUAAAGUACCUUACUGAGGACACCUGACCUUUAGAAGCAUCAUAAUUCAUAUCUAGAUGUCACCAGUGUUUCCCAUGUUAACAGUUCUGACUAUGUUUUAUUAUAUAUGCCUUCGGCGCAGAGCCAGGACAGCUACAAGAGGAGAAAUGAUGAACAGCCGUAGAACUAUUGAAUCCAACAGCCGAACUUUACCUAUUAAUUCAGAAGUAAUCCAGUAUGCCAAAGAAGUAUUGGAUUUCAGUUCUCAUUAUGGCAGUGAAAACAGUAUGUCAUAUACCAUGUGGAAUUUGGCAGGCAUACCAAAUGUGUACCCAAGUUCCGGGGAUUUUACUCAGGCUGCUGUGUUUCGGACUUAUGGAACAUGGUGGAAUCAGUGUCCCAGUGCUUCCUUGCCAUUCAGGAGAACUCCACAAAACUUUCAAAGCCAGGACUAUGUAGAACUUGCUUUUGAAGAACCAGUAUAUCCUACAGCUGUUCAUGUUCUGGAAACUUAUCAUCCUGGGGCAGUCAUUAGAAUUCUGGCUUGUUCUGCAAAUCCUUAUUCCCCAAAUCCACCACCUGAAGUAAGAUGGGAAAUUCUUUGGUCAGAGAAACCUACAAAGGUGAAUGCUCCCCAGGCUCGCCAGUUUAAACCUUGUAUCAAACAGAUAAAUUUUCCUUCAAAUCUUAUUCGACUGGAAGUAAAUAGCACUCUUCUGGACUAUUACACUGAAUUAGAUGCAGUUGUGCUGCAUGGUGUGAAGGACAGACCUAUACUUUCACUUAAGACUUCACUCAUUGAUAUGAAUGAUCUGGAUGAAGAGGAUUAUGAAGAGAAAGAUGUCUGUGGAAUGGAGACUCUUAGCAAACAGUUCAACAGUGCUGCCAUCAGGGAAUGGACAAACAAUGGGUAUUUUGAUAAACUACCUUAUGAGCUCAUCCAGUUGAUUUUGAGUCAUCUUACAUUACCUGACCUGUGUAGAUUAGCACAAACUUGUAAACUACUCUAUCAACAUUGCUGUGAUCCUCUACAAUAUACUCAUCUCAAUUUACAACCUUAUUGGGCAAAGCUGAAUGACACAUCUCUGGAAUACCUUCAAUCUCGUUGUACACUAGUCCAGUGGCUAAAUUUAUCAUGGACUGGAAAUCGGGGCUUCAUCUCUGUUUCAGGAUUUGGCAGGUUCCUGAAAAUUUGUGGAUCUGAAUUAGUACGCCUUGAAUUGGCUUGUGGCCACUUCCUCAAUGAAACUUGUUUAGAGGUUAUUUCUGAGACAUGUCCAAAUCUUCAGGAAUUAAAUCUCUCCUCCUGUGAUAAGUUACCACCACAGGCUUUCAACCACAUUGCCAAGUUGUGUGGCCUUAAGCGACUUGUCCUUUAUCGUACGAAAGUAGAGCAAACAGCGCUGCUCAGCAUUUUGAACUUCUGUUCAGAGCUUCAGCACCUCAGUCUGGGGAGCUGUGUAAUGAUUGAAGACUAUGAUGUGAUAGCUAGUAUGAUAGGAGCCAAAUGCAAAAAACUUCGUACCCUGGAUCUUUGGAGAUGCAAGAAUAUUACUGAAAAUGGUAUAGCAGAACUGGCUUCUGGAUGUCAGCUUUUGGAGGAACUUGACCUUGGUUGGUGUCCUACCCUACAGAGCAGCACUGGAUGCUUUGCAAACCUUGCACGGAAACUACCAAACUUGCAAAAGCUCUUUCUUACUGCCAACCGGUCUGUGUGUGAUACAGAUAUUGAAGAGUUAGCUAAUAACUGCUCUCAUUUACGGCAACUAGAUAUAUUAGGGACAAGAAUGGUAAGCCCUGCUUCUUUAAGAAAAUUGCUGGAAUCUUGUAAAAAUCUUUCUUUACUUGAUGUGUCCUUCUGUUCACAGAUUGAUAAUAGAGUUGUUCUAGAACUGAAUGCUAGUUUUCCUAAUGUCUUCAUUAAAAAAAGCUUCACUCAAUGACUCAUCACUCUGUGUGUUGCCAUGGAAUUAAUUUGACAUCAUGUGAUUGAUUUUGUUCGUUUUGUGGGUGAAUAGAAGUGGACACAUUUUUAAAAAGGAAAAUAAGAAGUGACUCAAAUAAAGGAAAAAGAUAAAAUCAUAAUUUCAUAAAAUGGGGGCAUUGGUACAAAAAAUGUAAUAUGAAUAUGCUGGGAAUUCUUAAUAGUAAUUCUUAUAAUUCUGUAUGUAGUUGUUAUUUUACUCAUUAAUCAGUGGUAAUGCAUGUUUUAAUCAAUAGUUAUAAAUUCAACCCCAAAUAAUUUAAUGUAAAAAUUUUAACUCACAUAUAAAGGAUUAAUUUUGUUCAAUAAAGUACUGUGAUAUUUAUGUAAAAAUAAAGUUAAUUUUCCAUA